UUUCAAGUUAUUUUGGUUUCCUAGUAAACAAUUGAUGUUAAAAAAUGGACGCAACUCACAGACCUCAUGAAUUUCCAAAAGAACUUUUCGCUUAUGCAGAAAACAAGAAAGUUUUUCAAAUAUUUCAGACUCUGCUAGAGCGUCUUGUUAUAGAUCGACCCGAGAAGCCAGUUGACUUUCUCUAUGAUUUGGUUACUAAAUCUGCUGUUUAUGACGUCCCAAGAGUAUAUGUUCUUGGACCGCCUACUAUCGACAGGAAGUUGGUGUGCGCUGCUUUAGCCAGCAAGUUGAAUCUGGUUUAUUUAAAUCAACAAUCAUUAAACCCGCAAGAUGAAGCAGCAGGCCAAUCUGAGGAACGUUCGCAGAGUUUCUGUUCAGAAUUGCCCAAAUUAAUGAAAGAACGUGUCGAACAGCCCGACUGUGUCAAAAAUGGAUGGUUAAUAGAAGCUUUUCCGAAAACCAGAAGGCAUGCGAUGGCGCUACGGAAGUUAGGGGUUUUUCCCACGCACAUUGUCGUCGUUGAUGACCCAGUCAUAAGUCAACGUGUUACUCUGAGAAGUUGCCCAGAAGUAUCAGAUAUUUUGUCUAAAGAGGGAUUGCAAGAAAUGCUGGAUUAUCUGGGACAAGUUGACCUCAUCCUGGACUUACAUUCCAAAAGUUAUUGGAAGAAAUUUCGGAUCGGUUAUAGAGAGGAAGUUGAAAAAUCCAUUGACAAAGUGAUAGACUUCGUCAGAAGCAGGCAGCGACCUAUAGGUGCCUAUUUGCCUAGAGUUCUACUGCUGGGUCCGUAUGGUUCCGGGCGCCGGACAAUGGCCAAGCGACUGGCCCAAAGGUUUCGACUGAUCGAAGUGGAUUUUCGACGGGAACUGAGGAGUGCAACUUUGAAAGAUUCUCCAUUGAAGGACCGACUUUACGAGAUCAUGGAAACAACCGAACCAGUGCCCGACGAGCUUCUUGUAGAGGUGGCAUCUGAGAGACUUCUAAAAGAGGAUUGUUUGAAAAGCGGAUGGAUCAUGUACCACUUCCCGGAUACCAAGAAACAAGCCCAAUUACUUGUAAAGGCGCUCGAAGGAUUUCAAGUAAACCGGGCCGUUUUUCUCAAUGCCACCUUGCAAACUUGCUUGGAGAGAGUGGAACCACGACGAUGGGAUCCCGCCACCGGAGAGAUCUACCAUCUGAAGCUUCGCCCCUGCACAGAUCGCAUGGCCCAGGUCCGUCUUCUUCAAUUGCCCCAGGACGCUGCAGAAUCUGUGAGGGCGGAGCACGAAUUGUAUUCCUCGAAUGCUGAAGAUUUGAAAGAUAUCUUUAAGAACGAUUUAGUCGAUGAUAUUGCGUUCGAAGUGGAUUCAAACUGGCCAGAGGAGGAAGUAUUCGAAUCUGUGCAAGCAGCUGUUCUAAAGUCGGCCAAGAUGAAAAUUCCGGUUGCUGAUGAGAAUAAAGAAUGA